AUGCCCAACUAUGAAUCGGGAGAAUUAUUCUCUGCUGGACCAGUAGAUGAAAAACAAAUUCCGAGAGAAAUACUCUACAGAGUUCAACUUGAUACAUUGGAUACAUUUGCAUUUAAAUUUAGUGGAUUAGUUUGUUCUCUAGAACAUAAUGAAUUAAAAAAUUGUUUUCAGAAUAAUCAAGAAAUUAAUUAUGAUAAAGAUUGUUUAAAGAUAUCAAAGGAUUAUGGUGAUUGUAUUUAUAGGAGGCAUUAUCUUGCAGCAGCAACAGCUUCAAAUACUAGAAAAUGCAAUUUACAUUAUAAAUUGUAUGAAAAAUGUUUCAAAUUAAUGAAUUUGGGAGCUAAAGAGUUUAAUCCAGCAAAUGUCAUGCUUACACAUGAAAACUGUAAAGAUUUAUUUUAUGGAUAUUAUUUGAAUUGUCUAAAGACUGGACUUAGAAUUCAUAAUGGACCUUUUGAUUCAAAGAUGUAA